AUGGAGGCCAUCACUGAUCCAAACUCAAUCACGUUGAACGAAUUCAGCACAUGGGAUGCGUUUACCCAUGUUACUGUUGAUGAUCCUAAUUCGCGCAAGGAGCGCAAAAAAUACAAGUAUCGUCUCGAUGAUAUUGUUUAUGUUCUGCCUCCUCCAGAGGAAUGGGGCGAUGCCAAGAGCUCUGCUGAGCUUGAUGGUUCGCACUGGUGGAUGGCAGUCAUUGAAGAAAUACGUCUUCAUGCACAGCAAUACUAUAUCAAAGUGCGUUGGAUAUACUCAUCGUAUGAGUUGAAGACAAGGUAUUGCAAGCAAAAGCGCAUAAUGAAACUUGACCAUUUGGGACCGCAUGAGAGGGUGCCAUCCGACAACUGGAGUAUAAUUUGGGUGGAGACACUUCAAGGACGGGCUGAGGUUGGUCAGUUCACAGACAACCUUGCCAACAUGCCCCUUUUCGAGAUAGACGACUUCUAUUGUCGGUUAGUUCUGAAUGCUAAGGGCCCUCGCUCCCCCAAGAUCGAGAUGUGUCAUGAAGAUUGUCGGCAUGGACGUAUCUUCUCCCUCUCAGGAGUUGAGCCCGUCCGGUUUUGCUGCUCGUGCAAGACGUGGUUUCACACUGAGUGCUCACAGGCGCUGGUGCUGGACGAUGACAGAGAAUUGCUCGAAGAUGCAGGUCAAGGGUACAUUGUGGAAUGUUACGAUGCAUGGAAGGGCCUGGAAUUGAGUGCACUCACUCUACUGUCCUCCCUGCCCGUGGAGAGGACUCCAAGAGAGCUUGGCGCACCGCUCAGCCUCGAGAAGCUAAUAAUUCAGGCAAGGAAAAAAUGGAAUGAUGAGCAGGGAUCAACAGUGGCUCAGAUGGACAAGAUAUGCGAAUCACUGCUUGCCACCAGUGAUGCACAUGGUAAACUGUCCGUGAUAAUAAAGACGGUGCAGCAAGCGGUGGAGAAGCAGUUGCUGGAGGGAGCGACUUAUUAUUCAUCAUUUGGUGCUGUUGUUACAUGGAAUAGUGUGCAUCCCAAUGACUACGUCCAAGUCCCCGAAGACCCAAGCACCGACGAGGAAACAUCGUCGAUCCAAACAUCUCGUCAAACUACUGACAAAACAACACGUAGAACAACAUCUGCCAAGCACUACAUCAGAAGCACGCAACAGCAGUCACGAUUUUCCGAAGAAUCUUCCUCUGAAGCCAGCAAUGAAGCCGACCUUACCUACGAACACGAGCCAGAUUCUUCAUUUGAGCGUGUUCAGGAGGUUCAGGACUGGACAGCAGAGAACGAAGAGGGCUAUGCAGAGGCAGCAGGGCAGCAUGGAGACGACGAGGGGUUGGAGGUUGAAGACGCUCAAACGGAGGAGAAGAUAGAGAAUUAUUUAUCCUGCCAUGAUAUCUGGCCAUUGGCUGUGGAAGAACUCGAGACCUUGGGCGGGAAACGCUGGCUGAGUCAAUAUGUGAUUGACUACUACCUCCUCGCCCAUUGGUACCGCCUGCAUUCCACUUCUCCCAUCCGCUAUGUCGACUGCCUAUCCUUUGGUAACAAUCCUGAGCCCUUACACUCCGCCAGGGUGAUACCGAGAUACCGGGAGCGUUACUUUCUCCCCAAACUCGAAAUCCCCCUCCAGAAAGUCCUCUACUCCAUGCUCCUCAAUGCACACCACAUCCUCUACUUGCAGGACACCGAAAAUAUGAAGGUCUAUAUCUUAGGCUAUAACUCGGCAGACACUUCAGACGAAGCCGUUCACUCCAACUGGAGCACCCAGAGCGGUUUCGAGAGGUACUGCAAUGUCUGCGAGCUGAACGGGUGGUCCCACCCUAACAAUGCUGAAGCUAUUACCAUCGUCGCGGUCUGCCCAGUUCAGAACGGCUAUGACUGCGGGGUCAUCGCAAUCCAGGUCGCCAUGCGACUCUUCAACCGGCAGCUUUGCAUCCAAGUGGACGGUUCCAUCCCAGUCCCAGUCCUCCCUUGCGGCCACGGUGAGCGCAUGCGCAUUUUCCGAGAGCUCAGAUCAAUGCUCGAUGCAGCAAACAUCAAUUAUGAGGCCAAGAGAAUGGAUCCACCAGCGGAGUGGAUGACCUGGUCCCUUCAGGCUCUGGAGGCGCAGGGAACCAUCAUCGUGUAUGAGCCGCAACCUCAAGCCCGCGAUAUUCUCCGCCGUGUCAAGGACGCUUGUCCAAUGGCCCACAACAUGCUUUUGCAGACUUUACGGUGCAGAAGGUGUAUCGCCGAGGCGGCCAAGAAGCGUGACGAGCGGGAGGCACCCAUCACUCUACCGAUCCAGGGUAAUGACGAGCCUCUUGUCAGGCCAGCUUCACCCCCCACGGCGAGAACAGCGCCUCUGCUUCCCACCGUUAGGCAAUACCCUCUCCCAAAUCAAAACGUUGCAGCAGCACCCCCCAUUCCCAGUGGUCUAGCGGUCAGCAGACCAAGUGCAACCACGAGAACCUCCAACCUCAUCGGUCGUCGUGUGGUUGCGCGCGCCAUCUGUGCAGCAGAGCUCUCCACUGCAGAGUUUCAGCGUCUCGAUGCUCGCGAAGAAAACGAUUUGGUUCCCUUGCCUUCGGGAGGUUUAUGGCCUGAGCAUAACAUUCGUCAUGACCGAUAUUUCAAUGGGCCUACCAGGGAAGACAUGCACGGUUAUGAAGAUCCCAUCGCCAACUUUCCGUAUAAUGAAUUCGCACCAUUGUACGGGAAGGGAGAUCUUAUCUAUUGGCGGGACUACGGUUGGCGACUGGAAAGCAGAGCAUUGCAUCAAGUGUACCUCCCACCCCCGGUCAAGCCCGAACUUUGCGUGUUCCCCAUCGGGGUCGACCAACAGUUCGAUCCCGCACAUCGCUACGGUGAACUCACUGGCCUCCAGUCUCGCUCUAGGACUGGCCAGUCCGAGCUGAGGCAAUAUACCAGACCAAUAGAUGUCAUGGGCAUGGAGGAUAUGUUGCGAAAAACAUCACAAGGAGACUACACAUCCCGAACGCAUGACAUGUUCAUCCGAGGCGUCAGCGACGAAGAACGCCACAUCGUACUCGACCUGGAGCGCGAUUCGUAUCACGUAGAGGAGCUCACAAUGUCGGUGGAUAUUGACAGUGCAAUAUGGACCACCUUCGAGCCCAGAAUGGUGCUCUCAUGCAGUCUCCAUCUCAUGCCACCGUGGGAGAACGCGUCACCGCUCAACAUACACAACCAUGGGUACAUUCAACUUCUGCACCCUCCACCCGAGGCGCAACGUUCAGUCAGCGAUCGAACCUGGGACGCAAUUAACGUCUCCCAGAGCGCCGUCCCAAACACUAUCUUCGCAACCGUCAACCAAUGGAAAUGGAUAAUCGCUUUCCCGCGUAUGUUCCAUCGUCAUGAGCAUACCGGGGCGAGAGAGACCGUCAUACCUCAUUGGCUUCGGAUACGGUUCUGGGAAAUGGUGGUCCUUCCAGCUGUCAAGGCAUCAUUACCCUCAUGGAAGGACCCGUACUUCGAUCACAGCGUUCAGGGCUUCAUGGCCAAGUCGGCCGGCAGUAGCAGCGGCGGGGAGAAGUACAAGGGGUACCAGCGCACUGUCACCGCCACAGAGCUAGAGGCUAUCGUGAAGGAGAUGAGGCGCCUCAUGAUUUCAUUCGAUGAGGAUCCCGUACUCGGUCGAUUCGGAUCGUUCUUCUUCAUCCUGGAGGCUAGAGGGAUCAAGUUAUCCACGCAGAGCCGUUUGGAUCACAGAUCUCCCAGUGCAUGGGAACUGUUGAUGCAGGAGCACCCCCAAUUUGACUGGAAAUACAUGAGUGACCGCGGGAACGGGGAGUUCGUGGUCGAUGUAGGCGUCUCUUUCCAUCCAGCAGAGCAGCCAGACGGAGAGCCUGUCACAGGUUUAUGGAGGCUUGCACCACUUAUUGCAUCGUAUGCAGUUGCAGGGUACAAGAAGCCCAAUGUGCACCACACAGGCAUGUUCGGGCAAUAUGGAGGCAUGAGUGCUGAGAUAACGGUGGAGAGAGGUCGACGCCAACACGUCACGUUUCGCCAGAGCUACAACCUUGCAUACGAGGCGGUCAGAACCAAGGACAACCAAGGAAAGAUGUGUCGAGACGCAGAGGCAUAUGAAUACACCGCCCGAUUCAGGGAGGCUGUUGACAACAAGAUCGCCACACACGAAGAGGCUACGACGAAGUCGUGGGGAGUGCGAGAGGAGUACCGUAUGGCCUGCGAUGCUGUACCCAUGAUCAUGGAAGGACUUUUCGAUUCGGUAAGCUCCCAUCACUCUCUCGGCAUCAAACCAUCACUCACAGGAUGCAAUGGCGUAUAUCAGGCUCAAGAAUACGCCAAGUCUGGUGCCAUCAUCUGGGUCAAAUCUGACAUAUACUUCACCUGGCAAAUCAGACGGAUGAAGGAGUGGAAGGCUGUACAGAAGACGUUGCGAGACCUACGUGCUGACAACUUGGGAGUCUUGUCAGGAUUAAUCAUGCACUUCCUCCGUAUGGUUGACACGACACCAAGAUAUCUGCCCACCCAUGUAUCCCAAUCUCUCAACACUCUUAGAGUUCCAGCGCUCAUGGAGACCUACGGAACAUUAUUUCUCCGCGAUCUCGACAUCCACUGCAGUGCCCAACAUCUUCCGGCGAUUCAAUCGGAGGAUAGCCCAGAUGUGUUCAGAAGCCUGGGCAGACGUGUUGUUGUUCGGAAACGGAAGGAUAUCGAAAGCCUCCACAUUCCCGACGUGGAGCAGUAUCCCAUCGGUGAAACACCCACAUGGCCAGCGCUCAAAGAAGCGAUCGCCACCGCACCCUGGCUCAUUCUUCGACCCCUCACCUUUCAUGGCGACUGGGAUGUCAGCACUGCUGCAACCAAGCUCUUCAUCUCAUUCACGACACAGAUGUUUGUGCACCUCGACGAAUCACAGCUCGAGAAGGAUGAUAUCCCACAGCCCACGACAUUGGAGCAAGCCAUGCAAGUUUGGUCACCACAGAGCAUCUUCACCCAGAUCCACAAAGUGACCUUUCUCGCCAGCAAUUCUGGCAUUAUUGGUGUUGCUAGGGGCAGCCCCCAACCUUCCUUCGCAGAGCGCAUGGAAACCUUCUUCCCUGUGGAUCGUCAGACAAUCAAAGGGAAGUGGCGGAAUUUCAUGGAGGAAAGGAUAGACGGUUACCUCCACCAGUACUUCCACGAGAUCACUGCAUCACGAACCGAGGACGAAAGGGGUAUCAGGGGUGCACUUGUUCAGAUAUUUGCGAAUCUGCAGUGUCUCCCACGGACGACACCCACCAGCCCAUGGGUGUUGAGUGAUCACCCCAACGGAGGCGUAGAGAUCAUCACCAACCCAGUGAAGUACAGGAUUCUCGGGCUAAGCAAGCAUGCACAAGCAGGGUCUCGAGCUACUCGCCGCACAGUAACGCGUCGGAAGCCCAACUUCAUCUCUGCGCUUGCAGCAAUACAGGGACGCACUGCCCCAGCUGCAGACCGUAUAGGAAGAAAGGCGAAAGCAACUGCACAAAAGUCGAAUGCCAGGCGAAAUUGGAGAGCACCUCCCACCCGGCAACAACCCCAGCCUCAUCCUAGUUUGGAGAAUAACUCGGAGGAGGAGAGCAAUUCCUCCACAUCGAACACUGAUAGUGAAGGAGACGAAAUAGGUGGUACAGAAGAUGACAAUGAUAAUUAUGAUGACAGAGAUGAUGAGUUCCAAGACGAUGACGGGUAG